AUGGAUAAUAUUUCUGACCCAUUUGAGGAAGUUGUGAGGGAUACAAAGGAUCAAAUCCGAAAAUUAAGCAGUUUUCAAACCCCAUCCAAUCAAACAGAUGAAAUAAUUGAUGAUAUUAAUGAAGCUUUAAUUGACUUAAAUAGUAGUAUUUCCGUUAUGAAACAAUCAAAUAAUAUUGAAAAUACAAGUAUGGUAAGUGCAAGAGAAUAUGAAGUUCAACAACUACAACAUAACUUCGAUACAAUUAAAAGUAAUUUACAAAGUGCUAACCCAACCACCGCUACCUCCACAACUGAUCUUGAAACUAAUCGUAAUGAAAUUACCGAGGAUAAUUUAGAUGAUUUUACAAUAGCUGAUCCAUCUCAAGUAUUACAACAACAGAUGUUUAGAGAACAAUCUGGCCAAUUAGAUCAACUACAAUACUCACUACAUAAUUUACAAAACCAAGCCCAUACUAUGGGAACAGAAUUAAAUGACCAAAGUGAACUACUAGAUAACUUAGACGAAGGGGUUGAUACCCUCACAGGAAAACUAGCAAGAGGUAGAAGACAACUAGAAUGGGUUUAUGAGAAGAAUAAAGAAAAAUGGAAUGAUUGCUGUAUUAUAUUACUGAUUGCUGCAUUGAUCAUACUAUUAAUUUUAGCUGUCUUAAUAUAA